UUGCACGUGGUGUUUGGGGUCUUUUAGUCGAAAUGACACAACCACGUCACUAGAGGGCAGACGUUUGUGUUAUGAACCUUUACACUUGUUUCAAUGGCGACCAUCACUGAGCUGAAGUGUGCCGUGAGGGACACGCUGGAGUCGCGCGGUGUGAUGGGGCAGCUGAAGGCUCGCAUCCGGGCGGAGGUGUUCAGCGCCCUGGAUGAGCAGCGGGAGCCUCGCCCGCCGCUGCCCCGCGAAAACCUGCUCAUCAACGAGCUCAUCCGGGACUACCUGGAGUUCAACAAGUACCGGCACACCGCGUCGGUGCUCACUGCAGAAUCGGGCCAGCCUGAUGUUCCCUUGGACCGACAGUUCUUGGCGAACGAGCUGAACGUCACAGAGGAUGCGAGCUCCAAGUCUGUGCCUCUCCUCUAUGGCCUGAUGGCCCACUUUGUGAACAGCGGCGGUCCUGGUGGGAAGGUGUUUCUGCGGGGGGGCUCCCUGCCAGCUGCUACUCCUGCCGGCAACACUGUACCUGGACUGGAUGCUUAAAAGUUGAUGGACUAAAAAGAUGCCUUUGCACACUCUUUGAGUGACAGAAUGUUCUUUGUCAGUAGUUUUUCACUGUAUUCUCACAGCGUGGACUGUGCAGAUAUGAAUGCAAAACAUCUUUGUGUUGAUUCAUGCUGCAAGUUGCCGAUGUUCCCAGAUGGCCUUUUUGUUUGGCUUUGAAUAUCUGGCUGUAUCAAUAGGUUUGGCAUCAGUCGCGCUGUUACUGCUUGCAUUAAUCCACCGUCUGCAUUUUCCCCAUAGUUCAGACCAAAAAUGUAUGAUAACAUUCCUUGAUUUCUUCUGUUUUAAUCUACAAAUGUUUUAUACUCUCGUAUUCCCUUAGUUGUCAAAUAUUAAAUGUUUUAUAUUUUA